GCGUCCAUGGCGUCCCGGAUCGCCGCUCCUACGGGACGCGCGAACCGCAAGGCGCAUGCCCCGGGCGGUUUAUUAUCUUCUUUCUGUUCAAGUGCCAUUUCGUUGCAUGCAGUGCAGUCUAUAAAACAGAAUGCGUUCCCCGCGGGUCUCGAGUUUCCUAUCACUUAUCGUCAUUCGUAGCGUAUAAACAUAACAGCACGCGGUCAUUAGCUCGAUUCAUAUUGUGUUUACGUAUCCGUUCUGACACAUGGGAGCGCGGCCGGAGCGCGGCUAAAAUCGCUUCAGCUUCAUCCAUCCACGGCGAUCGUAAAAGACGGGCCCGGAUAUCCGUUCGUGGCGUCCCCCAGGCGUCGUCUAGAAUAUCCGACGAGAUCUCUCGCCCGAGACGAGUGACCGCGCAAAAAUGUCAUCCAGCUACGCGGACGGGUUAUCGCCGUACGAAAACAAAGGAGUGUUGGGCCUGGAGGAGAGAUACGACAGCGUCGAGACUCUUCGGCUGAAAUGCGGCCUCCUGGCCGAAUGGAUACAGGGCGCCCGUCACGUCGUGGUCCACACCGGCGCCGGUAUCAGCACCGCCGCGGGUAUCCCCGAUUUUCGGGGUACAAAUGGUGUGUGGACAUUGGAACAGAAAGGCUUAAAACCUUCGAUGAACAUUUCCUUUGAUGAAGCAAUUCCUACAAAAACACAUAUGGCAUUGAAAAAAUUGAUAGAGGCCAAAAAAAUAAAAUUCAUCAUAAGUCAGAAUAUAGAUGGAUUACAUUUACGGUCGGGAAUAUCGAGGCAAUAUCUAGCAGAACUGCAUGGAAAUAUGUUUACAGAACAGUGUGAUAAAUGUGGCAGGCAAUUUAUUCGUAAUUUUGCGACCAAAAGUGUGGGGAAAAAAUCUUUAGAUACUGUAUGCAGAUCAGAGCAGAUAGGCGGUCGUCCGUGCCGCGGCCGAAUGCACGAUACUAUUCUCGAUUGGGAGCAUAAUUUACCAGACAGCGAUUUGACAUUGUCUGAUUUACAUUCCAGUGUUGCUGAUCUAAGCAUAUGCUUGGGAACAACUUUACAAAUUAUUCCAAGCGGUAAUCUACCUUUGUACACGAAAAAAUACGGAGGUCGUCUUGUUAUAUGCAAUUUGCAACCAACAAAGCAUGAUAAGAAGGCUGACUUAAUUAUAAAUGGUAAUGUUGAUGAAAUAAUGGUCGCAGUCAUGAAAAAGUUGGGAUUGGAAAUUCCAGAACAUGAAAGCAGUAUGGAUUUGACACGAAAUUCCGACACAACGGCUAAAGAAAUGGACUGGACAAUUCCGACUAGCAGAGUAAAAGAAAUGAAUGUGCUGUACAAAAAAGUGUGCAAGCCGAUGCGAAGAAAACGGAAAACGUUUAUGUACGAGAGGGAAAGAACAGAUACUAUAAAGGAGACUAAAGCCAGAAAGCAAGCAUUUCCAGUUAAGCAAGAAAUCAAAUCAGAAGAUAAAAUAAGUACAUCGAAUGAAGUAUGUAAAAUCGAGAAUGAUCACGUGGUUAAAAAUCCUGUUAAGAUAGAAGAGAACGUAGAAGACGUUGAAACAUAUGGAUAUUCGAUGGAAGACAUAACAGAACAUAACACUGAUCUGGAAAUGAACCAAACAGUGUAGCAAGUUGUAAUGGAGCGAUAAUUUUCCAUUCUAAUGUUUCGAUUAUUCUCAGUGUACGCUACAGUUACUUAUGAGUGCAUAUCGAAUCAUUCAUUGUAUGUGAGAAAUAUCCAAAAGUGGAAUAGGUUUGCCAACAUUCAAUAGACAUUUGAAACAUAUUUGUUGCAUAUUUAACGUUAAAUGUAAUAUAUAUAUUUAAUAUAAUUUCCUCUUAUUCUUCUUUCCUUUUAUCGCUCUCUAUCUUCUCUCUUCUUUCUCUCUCUCUUUCUCUCUUUUCUUGAUUUCUUUAAAAUUUUGUUUAUAUAGACAUAUAUACAAAACAGAUUUAUUUAAGACAAUAUUCAAAAUAAAAUUAUAUCUACACGAUAUUAAAACUUGUAUUCAAGAAGCAAUAACAAAUCUAUGUGUCAAAAAUAAUAUUUUGAUUUGUGUAAUUUUGCAAGUGCGUUCUGAUCGUAAAUGUAAUACAUUCAUUUAAUGUUAAAUAUGCAAUGAGAAUGUAAGUUCAUAAUUUUGUUUACAGAGAACAUGUCAUUUAUGAUAAAUCGAAAAUAUUCCAAUAACUGUAUAUACUCUUAUUAGUAUCCAUAAAGUGUUGCGUUUGUGCUGCAUCUGCUUUUUAAAACUCGCCUAUAUAUUGACGCAUAUUAGAUAUGUAUUACGGCGAGAGAUUCGACGUGAAUUAGUUAGAUCUCUCGACGAGCAACGUGUUCCAGAUUUCUCGUGCAUAAUAUGAUACUUUUUCCACUAUAGAUUACUAAUAAGAUAAUUGGAUAAAAGAGAUCUUCCUAUAUAACAUUUCGCCAGUAAGAACUUCCGUGAGCUUUUUUUUUAAUUGAGAAUAGAUUCGAAGUAGUUGCCGAAUGUAAUAAUAAAAAUAUUUCAGAUAUAUAUGAGCUGCUUAGUAAGUGAAUAAUUUAUGCUCAUUAAUCAUCAAAAAUAAUGUGUGUGUGUGUUUCAACUAUAUUUUUACAUUAUUUGCUGAAAAACUAGGAAUCUUCAUAUAUAAUCUCUUUUUAUUCCCUCUUAGAUUUUUUUUCAUUAAUUACAGUAAUUUUCAGCGAUCACGAUAUAUAUAUAAAACAAUAUAUAUCUUUAUUAAAAUCAUUUUGAACGUUUUAGGUGGCUGAAAAAAAAUAAAUCCAUUAAAAUAAGAAUGUAAUAAAUUGGCAUUAUGCAUAAGUGAUUGGAUCAUAAUGAAAUUUUGUUUCUGCUGGCGAUAUACUCCGUGUAACUUUCCUAAAUAUUGCUUACAUACACACAGACAUAUUAUUCCGUGCUCCGUGUGCGUUUAAUCGUCCUUGAUAUUCAGAUAUGUUUGCCUUACAAAAAUUGACAACGCACACGAGACCGAUUUACGAAUGCGCGUCAUAUUGUGUUAUAACGCGCGUGUUUAUGUGAGUAAAGUAAAUAUAGCACUAUAUUGCUGCAAGCUGAUGUUAGAUUAGCUGGUAAAUUCAGAUGUUGAAUUUUUAACAGAGUGCGCCUUUUUCCAUAUAGUGUUGAAGGGAAUGUUGAAAGUAAAAGUUUUAACGAUAUCUCGCAAGUUAGUACGCUAAACGAUUUUCGCGUGUAGAUGAUAUAAGCUGCAACGUAUAUAGAAUGCAUUCCGUGAUAGAAUGCAACAUAGUGAAUCAUGUAAUAUUUAUAUUGUACAUAGUGAUGUUUGCUUCAUUCUCAUCGUAAUACAUGACUUUAUUUAAGUAAUCAUUAUUACUCGCCAGAUAUAAUAUUCGAAAUAAAAAGUACAUCUAUGAAAAA